ACAAAUUUCUGAAUUUUUUUUGCGUAAUUGGAGGAACGCAUAGUUGAAAGAUCAAAAUUUUCAAUUGAAGGUUCUCAAACCCCAUCUUCCGAUUGCUUCAAUUGAAGUUUCUCCAAUGGCGCAAGUUAGCAGAAUCUGCAGUGGUGUGCAGAACCCAUGUGUUAUCUCUAAUCUCUCGAAAUCCACUCAACGCAAAUCUCCGUUAUCGGUUUCUCUGAAGCAUCCACGAGCUUAUCCGAUUUCGUCGUCGUGGGGGUUGAAGAAGAGUGGGAUGACGUUAAUUGGUUCUGAGAUUCGUCCGGUUAAGGUUAUGGCUUCUGUUUCCACGGCGGAGAAAGCGUCGGAGAUUGUGCUUCAACCCAUUAGAGAAAUCUCGGGUCUUAUUAAGCUUCCUGGCUCCAAGUCUCUGUCUAAUCGGAUCCUGCUUCUCGCUGCUCUAUCUGAGGGAACUACUGUAGUGGACAACUUGUUGAACAGUGAUGACAUCAAUUACAUGCUUGAUGCGUUGAAGAGAUUGGGACUUAAUGUGGAAACUGACAGUGAAAACAAUCGUGCCGUAGUUGAAGGAUGUGGCGGCAUAUUCCCAGCUUCCAUAGAUUCAAAGAGUGAUAUCGAACUUUACCUCGGUAAUGCAGGAACAGCAAUGCGUCCACUUACCGCCGCGGUUACUGCUGCAGGUGGAAACGCGAGUUAUGUGCUUGAUGGGGUGCCUCGGAUGAGAGAAAGACCUAUAGGGGAUUUGGUCGUUGGUCUUAAGCAGCUUGGUGCUGAUGUUGAAUGUACUCUUGGAACUAACUGCCCUCCUGUUCGUGUCAACGCUAAUGGUGGCCUUCCUGGUGGAAAGGUGAAGCUUUCUGGAUCAAUUAGUAGUCAGUACUUGACUGCUCUGCUCAUGGCAGCUCCCUUAGCUCUUGGAGACGUCGAGAUUGAGAUUGUCGAUAAAUUGAUUUCUGUUCCAUAUGUUGAAAUGACAUUGAAGUUGAUGGAACGUUUUGGGGUUAGUGCCGAGCAUAGUGAUAGCUGGGACCGUUUCUUUGUUAAGGGCGGGCAAAAAUACAAGUCGCCUGGUAAUGCGUACGUAGAAGGUGAUGCUUCUAGUGCUAGUUAUUUCUUGGCUGGUGCUGCCAUUACCGGUGAAACUGUCACUGUUGAAGGUUGUGGAACUACCAGCUUGCAGGGAGAUGUAAAAUUCGCCGAGGUCCUUGAGAAAAUGGGAUGUAAAGUGUCCUGGACAGAGAACAGUGUGACUGUGACAGGACCACCUAGAGAUGCUUUUGGAAUGAGACACUUGCGUGCUAUUGAUGUCAACAUGAACAAAAUGCCUGAUGUAGCCAUGACUCUUGCCGUCGUUGCUCUCUUUGCCGACGGUCCAACCACCAUUAGAGAUGUGGCUAGCUGGAGAGUAAAGGAGACAGAAAGGAUGAUUGCCAUUUGCACAGAGCUUAGAAAGCUGGGAGCUACUGUGGAAGAAGGUUCAGAUUAUUGUGUGAUAACACCACCUAAAAAGGUGAAACCGGCAGAGAUUGAUACAUAUGAUGAUCAUAGAAUGGCAAUGGCAUUCUCUCUUGCAGCUUGUGCUGAUGUUCCAAUCACCAUCAAUGAUCCCGGUUGCACCAGGAAAACCUUCCCCGACUACUUCCAAGUCCUUGAAAGAAUCACAAAGCACUAAACAAAAAACUCUCUGUUUUUUUCUUCUGAUCCAAGCUCAUCUGUUUCCAUCUUUCUUGCCUCUGUAACAUUAUUGCGUGUAACUGAACUGAGUGAGAAUUGAGAUGCAAUUAUUGAAUCGGUUUUGGUCUUUAAUACUCUUGUAAUUAGUGUUUCGAUGAUGGGCCGACCAAGCCCAUUGUGUCCCAGCCUGUUUUGACUCCAACUCUGUUUGACUCUCUGUUGUUUUGAGGCUAGAGAUUUCAGGGAAUCUUGUAAUUUGGUAGAGUUUCACAAAAUCACCUUUUUCUGCGAAAUCACAAUAACUGUUUGGCGUUCAA